AUGACGGCGAUUUCUUACAACGCGCCGCAAUCCGCGCAGUUCGGCCGCGGGCAGGGCUCAGCUCAAUUCUCCAGGACCGCGGCUCUUGCUGCCUCGGCUGCUUCGUCUCCCGCCCGCCACCCCGGCUCAUUCUCUCGCCAGACAACCCACGCAAUCUCGCAACUCCAAGCCCAGUACGCUGAGGCAUCAGCGUCGGCAGCCGCUUCGGCCUCGCAACAAAGCGACUACCUUCACAACGGCUCAGCUGGCCACGCUCCCACGAGGCCAGGUCAGCCGCUCGCCAACGGCAGACGCAGGUCAUCGCCUGCACCUCCCUCUUCGCGACGGCCCUCGAGCGCUCCCGGUGACCAGCAGCCUGCUCCCUCAAGCAGCCGAGCUAGCGGCGGGCCUGUCGAUGAGACAAACCACUCCGCUGUUCCACGACCAAGUAAACCGCCAUUACUCCGCUCCAAAAGCGAGCACGGCGGGCGCUAUGACGACGCCGACGACGAACCGGACGAGGGAUUUUACGACUUGGGUGCCAGACAUGGAUUUGAAGACCAUUACUUGUCCGAGGAUAUCAUCGCCCAGCUUGCAAGUAAUUGGUACAUGUACUUCACCGAUAAGCGGCAUGAAACGACAGGCAAGCCCAAGGAACCCGCCUUUGAACUUCAGGAUUGGCGAAUGCGCGAUCGGCUGAAGACCGUAUCCGCUGCCAUCGCCGUCUGCUUGAAUAUCGGAGUGGAGCCCCCAGACCAACUGCGCACCACUCCGGGCGCCAAACUCGAGGCCUGGCAAGACCCGACGGUUCCUCCAGUAGGCAAAGCUCUCGAGAACAUCGGCAAGUCACUGCAGGCCCAGUACGAGACACUCGCUCUCCGCACCCGCUACAAGCAGUACCUUGAUCCCUCUAUUGAAGAGACCAAGAAGUUCUGCAUAUCCCUUCGCCGGAAUGCUAAGGACGAGCGAGUUCUAUUCCAUUACAAUGGGCAUGGAGUACCCAAACCGACUGCUAGUGGCGAGAUAUGGGUUUUCAAUAAGAACUACACACAGUACAUUCCCGUGUCGCUCUAUGACCUUCAGCACUGGCUGCAAGCUCCUACGAUUUUUGUCUGGGACUGUUCUGAGGCUGGAAACAUCCUCAAGAACUACCACAAGUUUGUUGAGAAGCACGAGCAGGAGGACGAGGAACAGGCGCUCAGGGACGCCAACUACGAAAAGACUAAUUACCGCCCCUACAUCCAUCUCGCAGCUUGCGAUUCCAAGCAGAACCUCCCGACAAACCCGCUGCUCCCAGCCGACCUGUUCACCUGCUGUCUAACCACCCCCAUCGAAAUGGCUUUGUGGUUUUUCGUCUUACAAAAUCCACUGCAUGUCAAUCUCACCCCUGAGAGGGCGAGGAAGUUGCCCGGGAGGCUCCAGGAACGGCGGACGCCCUUGGGAGAGUUGAACUGGAUUUUCACAGCCAUCACGGACACCAUUGCCUGGACGACUCUCCCCCGACCUCUGUUUCGCAAGUUUUUCCGGCAAGACUUGAUGGUAGCGGCACUGUUCCGCAACUUCCUCCUCGCUCAACGCAUCAUGCCUGUGUACGGAUGCAACCCCCAGUCCUACCCUGAGCUGCCCGAUACCCGCGGCCAUCCACUUUGGGAAAGCUGGGACCUCGCUGUGGACAUGGCCCUGUCGCAGUUGCCCAUGCUGGAGAGAAGGGAAACCGAGGGAAUCCCGUACGAAUACGUCAACUCGACCUUCUUCACAGAGCAGCUCACUGCUUUCGAGAUCUACUUGACUAGGGGCGAUGCCGUCUCGCAAAAGCCUCCGGAGCAGCUCCCCGUUGUACUCCAAGUCCUUCUGAGCCAGCAACAUCGGCUCCGAGCCUUGAUUCUUUUGGGGAGGUUCCUUGACCUUGGCCCAUGGGCUGUGCAGCUGGCUCUGAGCAUAGGAAUCUUUCCUUAUGUGCUCAAGUUGCUGCAGUCCGCUGCGCAGGAGCUCAAACCUGUCAUGGUAUUUAUCUGGACCCGCGUGCUGGCCGUCGACAUCUCGUGCCAGCAGGAUCUUAUCAAAGACAAUGGCUACACCUAUUUUGCGGCGAUCAUGAAGCCCCAGGAGACGUUCCCCGUUGUCGGCGUGGUGGUUCUGGAUGAGCACAAGGCCAUGUGUGCAUUCAUUCUUGCCAUGCUGUGCAAGAGUUUCAAGCCCGGCCAGGUUGUCUGUAACUCGACCGACAUCAUGACCUACUGCCUGCAUCACCUCGAGCACCCGGAAAAUCCUCUCCUUCGGCAGUGGUCGUGCCUCUGCAUCAGCCAGCUGUGGAGGGAUCUACCAGAGGCGAAGUGGAGAGGCAUUCGUGAAAACGCCCACCAUAAGCUCGCGUACCUAAUCAAGGACCACUGUCCCGAGGUUCGCGCCGCCAUUGCGCAUGCCAUGACUACCUUCCUCGGUAUCCCUGAUCUGACCGAUGAGGUGGCGAGAAUCGAGGAGGGCAUCGCCUGGGCCAUGCUGGAACUGGCCACAGACGGCAGUCCCAUCGUUCGAAAGGAGCUUCUCGUCUUCCUUUCGCACUUCGUCCUUCGCUACGAGAGCAAGUUCUUGGUCGCUGCAUAUGAACACCUUCUGGAGGAGAAAGAGUACCAGCUUUCCUCUCCGCCAGAGGACGGCCUCGACCACAAGAUGGGAUUGCAUUACGCCAGGAGCGAGAACCGCGAGAGAGACGGGACCAUCAAACCCACCGCGUUUGGUGUGGCACAUGACUCCGUGUUUGCAGCGUGCUGGAAGCACAUCAACAUCCUGAGCGUCGAUCCCCACCCGGAGGUACAAAGGGACGCAACCAUCAUCCUGGACUACGUCCACCAUGCGCUACUGCACUCGCCUGUCGGCGCGCAGGCACAGAGUCUUAUGGAUGACAUCCUCCGGCGCGCUAGGAAAGUGUCGAGAGGUGACAUGAGCCAGAGAACCGGCAUGGCUGGCACCCGCACUGCUGCUGCGCAGCCGAUGCCGUCCCCUGGUCUUCUUAAGCGGACUGCCAGCUACCUCUUUGGACCGCUCAUGGGGACCUUGGAACCUUCGUCCAACGCUCCGACGCCGCCCGCAACCCCUGGGUUGCAGAGGUCGUUUUCUCAACGGAGCCGUAAGGGCCCGAGCUUGGAAAACGCUCCGCCAGAACAGCACGAUCAGGCCGCGCCUCCAUCGAACUACCACAUUGCAAAUGAGCCGCUGUGCGCCGGAUACAAGGAACGCAAACCCAGAGAGAUUCCCGCCCUUCCUUUGGUCAGUACCUUCUUAGACUGGUCCACCGAGUACUUCCGCGAGCCCCAGAUGAAGGCGCCCGAGGCCGAGGAGCCUGGUAGCAACGAAUACAACGAGCGGCUAUGGCGGCGGGCUCGCAACGAGACUGUUCUUAGAGAGACACAGCCGCAGAAGACUCACGCCAGGACGCACAAGUGGAAUAGCCAGGUGGGUGUUAUCCUCACCGGCUCACAGCCGUCCAAGAUGACGUUCCACCAGUUUGAGAACCAUAUUGCGGUUGCGGAUGACGGCAACACCGUGACAAUUUGGGACUGGAAGAGCAAUACUCGAAAGAGCCGCUUCUCCAACGGCAACCCGGAGGGAUCCAAAAUCUCCGACAUGAAAUUCAUCAAUGAGGAUGACCAGGCUCUCCUCAUGACGGGCUCGUCCGAUGGUGUCAUCCGCAUUUAUCACAACUACGACAGCGAUACCGAUGUGGAGCUUGCCUCGGCGUGGCGCGCCCUUACCCACAUGGUUCCUUCCAACGUCAAUUCUGGAAUGGUCUUCGAGUGGCAGCAGGUCAACGGUCAGGUGUUGGUCGCUGGCGACGAGCGGGUCAUCCGGAUAUGGAACGCGGGCCACGAGAUCUGCACACAUGAGAUUCCCGCGAGAUCUGGUUCGUGCGUGACGUCGUUGACGUCGGACCAGAUGACGGGCAACAUCUUCAUCGCCGGUUUUGGCGACGGCGCCAUCCGCGUCUUUGACACGCGCUUGAGACCCCAGGAGAGCAUGGUCCGCAAGUGGAAGGAUGAGAGCCGGCAGUGGGUCCGCUCUGUGCACAUGCAGCGCGGCGGCCAGCGUGAGCUUCUGUCUGCCAGUCGCAAUGGCAAGGUUCAUCUUUGGGAUAUCCGCAUGGACCAGCCGCUCAAGACAUUCCAGACGACCAAGGAUGUGCUGCGGACAGCCAGCACACAUGAACAUCUGCCUGUAUUUGCUGUUGGUACAUCCGCCCACGUAAUCAAGAUCUUUGACUUUGACGGACAUGAAAUCACCCGCCUCGAGCCAUACUCUGGCUUCCUGGGACACAGGGCCGCCCCGCUUGCUGCCACCGCUUUCCACCCGCAUCGCAUGCUCCUGGGCUGUGCCGCCCGUGGAGAUCACCAUGUCAGCCUCUAUUCCUGUGGUGGCGAACGGGUUGGUCCAUUCUAA